AUGGCAAGAGCGCAUGAGUUGUCCACAAGUGUCACCGGUGUAGGAUAUCCCAUUCGUCCAGUGGACAGGUGGUACUUGCGGACACGUGCAGACUUACUACUGGAUGGCAAUAGCUUCGGUGGAAACUUUUUGGACACAACCACGGACCAUGAUGGUCCUCGACGUGUUCUGCAAAGAGUGCACUUCACCACUGCUUGCAACAGAGGUCAGAAGCCAGAUACUUUCAAUGUGCAGCUCAAUCCCAGCAGAGCUGGUGAGCCUGAAAAGCGAAGUGUCCGAUUACCACGUGCUGAGGAGAUGCAACGACAGACGAUGUGUGGCACCGGUGCUCGAGGAUUUCGCAGCGCAGAGGACCUUCCACAGCUGCCGCGGCUUCCAUCAGGCUGUACCAUGGAAGGCUUCAGUAUUGAGCCAUUGGGCCGGGGCAAGAAGAAGCUCAAGUCUGUUUCAGCGGACACGAGAUAUGCCAAGCGAGGAUUGGGCCGUGGUGGUCCUAAGUUCUGGCCGGAGAAUUCAUUUGGCAUGAGUCAAACAAUGACUAAUUUGCACGGUUUCUCGUAG